CAGUGCUCUUCCUCUCCACCUAUCACAGAGCAGAUUCUUCGACCACUGUCCAAUCACAGAAGCUGCUGUUGGAUGUCAACGAUAGAAACAAGUAUGGCUGCCCGCUUGUGCUGCACACACUGCGAAGGUUGUCUGUAAAGUAAAAGGCUGUUAUUAAGAAACCUGUAAAGAUGCUCAGGCUGACGAUAAGGGAGGUUAGUGAGAAUAUUCAAACCCAUGUUUAGUCUAUGUUCCUGUGUUUAUCUGAAGCACUGGUGCGUUUAUUGGAUGUUUUAUGCUGGUGAUUUAUAACUAGCUGCAGUGAAGUAAAAACUAAACUCCUAUUUGUACUUUUUUAAAUUAUUAUAUAAAAUGUGCCAACAGUUCUGUAUGCAGGAUUCUUAGUUUUUUCCAAAAACGUGUGCACUUAGUGUGCAAAUCUCAAAGACUGAUGAAAAAGUAAUGGCAUUGUUUUUGCUAUUAUUGCACUGUAAUCUGAUGACAGAGGAUAAUCUUUAAAAAAAAAAAAAUAAAGUGAAAUGGAGCAUUCAUUUAUCUGCAAAUCCUAUUCAUGUAAAUUAUUUUGUAUCUGAGAUAUACAAAACGGGCAAAGUUCAUGAGCAAACACCUAACAGGACAAAUUUAGCUUGUCAAACUUAAGGUUAUUCUCAAGCUUUGUAUUCAGUUUAGCAGUUUGUGUAGUAUUUUAUGAGUAGAGCUAAGGGGUGACAUUUUACACCUUUACUUUCAAAGAAAUAUGUGCAAAACUUUAUUAAUGGAAAAAAAGUGUUCAGUAUCGUGUUCAGAAAUUAGAGUAGAGGAGGGAAUGUGGUAAAAGAUGUAAAAGAAAAAGUAUAUUGAAUGAAAUGAGCAGUAAAAGGCCUGUUUAAAGGCAAAUAAAUGAAUGAACUUGAUAUUGAUGGAGGGGCAGUUUCAGGUUGGAGGGUCCUGGUACUGCGCAUGCCAAGACACUGAGACAGUCAGUUUAAACAGCUGAAGUCUGUUUGAGUAAAAGACUCACAUACAACCAUGUUUCCCUUAUUUUUUGUCUUCUAAAGCUGGCCCGGGCCCUCAGGGAAGGAAAAAUCUCCCCAACAGAGCUGUGUAGGAGGUGUCUCAACCGUAUCAAGAAGACAAAACAUCUCAACGCUUACAUCACCGUGACAGAGGAGCUGGCACUAAAGCAGGCUCAGGAGGCAGAGACUAGACUCCUACAAGGUGUGUUCAGGUGAGGGUCUUUGUUAAUCAUCUUAUCAGAAUCAUGACAGUGACGGUUUCAUCUUGUUUUCUGUUAGGGAAGCCCAAAGGCCCUCUGGAUGGAGUCCCAUUUGCAGUCAAGGACAACUUCUGCACAGAAAACAUUAGGACAACAUGUGCCUCCAGGAUGCUUAAAGGUCAGUGAAAUCAAUGAUUGUAUAUUUUUCUGCUUUGUGCCAAUCGUGUAACAAAAACCCUAAUGUUAAAUUUUCUACAGACUACACUCCACCCUAUAAUGCCACGGUGGUCCAGAAGCUUUUUGACCAAGGGGCCGUUCUAAUGGGGAAGGCCAACAUGGAUGAGUUUGCGAUGGGGUAGGUCCAUGUCUCUCAAUACCAGAGCAGUUUUUGAGUUACAUUAUAUUAUGUUGCAUUUUCAAGUCUAUUUUACCAAGAGCAGAAUGCAAGUGUUAAAUCUGUGUUUACCCAAAGAAAGAGAAUUGAUUUGUAAAGAUUGCUGUUUCCGUUUGCCUCCUAGUGCCGGCAGUACAGACGGGGCUUUUGGUCCAGUGAGAAACCCCUGGAGCUACGCGGCUCCCUACAGAGAGCAGACAGGGGUGGCUGCAGACUCAGACUGGGUCAUCACAGGAGGGAGUUCAGGAGGAAGUGCUGCAGCUGUGGCUUCACUUACCAGCUACCUGUGAGAGGAAAUACUUACUGUCAUGUUUGGUGAUUUAGGAAAACUGUUGCAAAGAAAUACAGAAGGACUGAUGUUAUCUAAAGUAAAUUAAUGCAUUCAAAUCAAGUGUUCAGAUGAUUCCUCUGCAGGGCCUUGGGUUCAGACACAGGCGGUUCUACCCGUAAUCCUGGGGCACUGUGUGGUGUCGUGGCCUUGAAGCCCACGUAUGGUCUGCUGUCUAGACAUGGUCUCAUCCCACUGGUCAACUCCAUGGAUGUCCCUGGCAUUAUGACCCGCAGUGUCAGCGAUGCAGCCACUGUCUUAGGUAGGUAACUACUGAUCUAAUCAGCAGUCUUAAUCUAGUAAUAAUAAUAAUCAUGAGGUUUUUUUUAAAUGGGCUUGUUUGCUGUCAACAAUCCACGACCUGAAAGUAGAUGCUGUAUUGGCCAACUCACAGCAAUCAGUCACAACAUCAUGACCACCUGUCUAAUAUUGUGUAGGUCCCUGAUUCAUUAUUAAGGGUAAAACAGCACUGACCCCAUGAGACAUGGUCUCUACUACACCUCAGAGGGUAUGUUGUGAUUUCUUUCCCCAAGAUGUUAGCAAGGGAUCCUUUCAGUCCUAGCUUUUACUAAUACAUUCACUAACGACGAAUUCACUAUCGCUGACUGGAUCAACUUUGAGGGAAUUCUAAAGACCAACCAACCAUAGGCACUUUCAGCAGAGGACAGAGGUCAGCAUGGACACCCUGACUGGUCUGCAACUAAACAUCCCCAAAAACAACAAACUGUGUUGUCUACCAGAACCAGAAUCCACUGUUUCUGCUGCUCCUCUGUUUGAUUUGACCACACAGGCCAGCUUGCACUUCUCAAAUGCAUUAUUGAGGCUCUGUCCCCCAUUACCCUGGUGCUAGUUCACUCUUUUCUCUUCCUUGGAUGACUUUUGGAUCCCUGCUGAGCGGGAACACCCCAUAGGAGCUGCAGUUUUGAAGAUGCUCCGGAAUCACGACUUGGUCCUCAUCAAAGUUGUGCACAUGCUAAAGUGAUAAUAACAGAUUUAUUUAAGAUAAGAGAGAUAAGAAGAACUUUUGAAGGGAAAUUAAAUUGUCUGUUGUCUCAUUUGUCAUGUCUCAUAAAGUCACCUACUAAUUGUAUUUAUAUUUAUUUUAGCUAAAUAUUUAUUUAGUAUUUAAUCUACUACUUUAUCAAUUUAUGUAGCGUUCUUCACCAACAAUUUUUAAAGUUCUUAACAAUAAAAAAAAGAUAAUACAUAACCCAAAAACAAGCAAUAGUUUUUCAGAAAUUCCUCACAAUUUAACAUUUUUUGUGCAGUUUGUGUCAAACUUUGAAGCUAACUUUGGAUUUUUCCGUCUCUCGCAGGUAUCCUCCAAGGCCUUGAUAUCAGAGACUCCACAACAGGUCCUGCACCCUCAUUGCUGACAGAGCUACCUGAAGACUUUGAUGUCAGGAACAUCUGUGUGGGCAUCCCCAAGGUGAGUUUAUCUCCCUAUAAAAAUAAUUGAAAUCUCUGUCUCAAUGAUGCAAUCAUAAAACAUAUAAAAAGCAGCUAGGAUCCUCUUAGAGUCAGGUAGUCCAAGGAGGGUUUAAAACCAAUAGAUGAGUUUCAAGAAAACUUCCUUAUGGACUGAUCCAAGUGUAGAUUUAAGUCUUAUUGGCUGUAAAAGCCCUGAUCCUCUUGGCUGCUUGUUUUUCUUCUUUCAUAAAUAUAUGUCAGGAGUACCAUGCCCCGGGCCUUUCUGAGGAGACUCUGGCACAGUGGAGUCGUGUUGCCGACAUGUUUGAGAGGGCGGGGGCUCGAGUGGAGCAAGUGUCCCUCCCCCACACCCAGCACUCCAUUGUGUGCUACCACGUCCUGUGCCAUGCAGAAGUGGCAUCCAACAUGGCACGUUUUGACGGCCUGGAAUACGGUAUGAACCAGAAACUCAUUUUUCAGCCUGGGGCCACCAGUGAGUACACAGCUGCAGGGUUCAUCACAAACUACAACGGCUCUGUGAUGGUGGCGCUUUAUCACAGUGCUGCAGCCGCCAUCACUGAUUAUUACAUCAUCAUACUUUCACACUGCAACCUAACAACAAUGCAAAUGUCACAGCGUGUCAUUUCACACUGCAGAAGCACAAGAGGUAAAGACACGUCUGUUACUACCUCCACCCCAGCGGUGAGAUGACCCAGUACCAACAUCACUCCUCUGAGACAUUCAUUAUAACUGAAAGAUGUUACAGAAGUUUAAAUACAGUACCUUCUAACUGGCAGUAUCAAGAGUUUUCAUGUUUUAAUAUAAAAAAUGCAGCUCAAAGCCAGAGAUUUGGAGUGAAGAGGGAGACUGGUUUGGCCCAGUGGUUGAGUCAUAUGCCUCAUAUAGUGAUGUUUAACUUCAAAUGAGAAUUUACAGGCUGGAAUAUCAAUGGAUGGAAAAAUAGAGGAGGAAGUCAAAGUUCUUGGUGUUAUAAUCCACCAUCAUAAAAUCUCAGAAGUCUCACACAAGAUUUCUCUUGUCAAAUAUGUUAAAACAUGGCUGUGCUACACUGAGUUAAAUGUGGAGCGCUGACCCCCUCCUGCUGGUUUCAUGCAAAAAUUCCUGGAUAAAAAUCAUCUGCCAUAUAUGUGAUAGUCGUGUUUGCAUGAGACACCAUAGGAGUCCAAAUUUACAAGAUCAAGUUCGGUAUUGACAACUUUUUGUCUUUUUAUCUGUCUUUUCUCUUCUGUCUUCUUUACCUCGAAUAUUGAUAUUACACUACUGUAUAAGAAUUUUUAAAUACUCUACGUGUAAACGUGAUGAAUUCAGGGGAUGAGACAAAGACAAAUUUCCCCCUUUCUGAACAUUUUGCCUUUAAUUCACAGAUGACCUCAGUAAAGUUCAAACUUUCAUCUCCACCUCUGUUCUUUCAGGCCAUCGCAGUGCGGUGGACAGCUCGACGGAGGCCUUGUAUGCUUCAACCAGACACGAGGGCUUCAACGACGUAGUGAGGGGGAGGAUUCUGUCCGGGAACUACUUCCUCCUCAAACAGUAAGACAACAGAUUACACCUUUAAAAUGCACGCCAUUUUUUAGCUGACAUCGUGUCACUGUAGCAUUUAGACCCAGAGUGUUCUCUGCUCUUAAAUGUCUCCUGUAGUUCAGCGUAGUCAGGAUUAUUUCAGAAAAGUGUUUUUUUACAUUUCCAAACAACAGAAAAUCAAGUUUAAAUCCUGUCCUACAUCUUCAGGAACUACCAACACUACUUUGUGAAGGCUCAGAAAGUCCGCCGGCUGAUUGCGAAUGAUUUCAAGCGUAUGUUCGCCUCAGGUGUGGACAUCCUGCUGACGCCCACUACUCUCACUGAUGCAGCACGCCACUCCGACUUCAUGCAGGAAGACAAUCGAACACGCAGCGCUCAGGAAGACGUCUUCACCCAGCCUGUCAACAUGGCAGGUAGAGUGAGAGAAAGCCAUGAGCUGCUCAUGCACACACACACACACACACACACACACACACACACACACACACACACACACACACACACACACACACACAUAGACUGCAUGUACCCUUAAGCCUUACCCUUAAAAACCUAUGACCCAGAACAGUCAGUGAUGCAAAUUUUUCCAUCCUGGUGCAUUGUUGAGAAUAAGCGUCAUAGUGAAAGUUGAGGAGGAAGUACUUGAGAGUGAAGCUUGUUCUCUUUUUUUGACUGUCAUGAGAUUAAAGAGUAACCCAUAGAUUUUAAAGAAUGUUUGCAUUUAGUUAAACUUUCACUUACCUUUAAUAAGACCUCAAAAGUUUUGGGGGAUGACCGACCUCCAGAUCUUAAUAAUUACCUUUACCUGAACUCUCACUCAGCUCUCGUCUCCUUGUCCUCAGGUCUCCCAGCUGUGUCUGUGCCAACAGCUUUAUCAAGACGAGGCCUUCCCAUUGGUCUGCAGCUCAUCAGCCCCGCACUCCAAGAAAAGAAGCUGCUGAGUGUUGCCCAGUGGAUCGAGCAGAGGGUUGGAUUUCCCUCAAUCAGUGACUACGUAGACACUAAAGGAGUGACCAAAAGGGAGCAGACUUCAGCUGGAUGAGGAGAGCCAUGGACAUGAGAGAUCACAAAGUCACUGAAAUUAAGUCCCCUAUAUCAGUGUUGUUGCAGUCUCUUCAUUGAAUUAAAUAUCGAUUAUUAAAGGUUAUAAGCAUUUUUCAACAUGCAUCAUGUGUUUAGUACAGAAGGAUAUUCUUUGACUUAUUUCUUCUGUGUAUUGGGUGCAGAAUCUGAUCUGAUACGCAGUCCUAUCAACAUGAUGAUGAUAGGGAUAAAAAAAACUGCAGCCAGUGUAUGUAGUCAUUUUGAAAGCAGAACUGCUGCUAAAGUCAAAGCCCUGAAAGUCUGUCCGCUCACACCCAGAGUCUCGAACAUCAAGUGAUUGCUUAAGCCUAAUCUGUGACCUGCUGCUUCAUGUUUGAUGGUGAAGCUACAAAAUAAAUUCAAGAUUUGUCACAUGUUUGUACAGACUGAUAUUUAUUGUAUGAAGGUUUUAAGGUGGUAUGAUUGAUUGCUGCUGCCAAAUCAAACUGACAUCCUCUAUUAAAAGUUUGGUCUCCUGGAAA